GACAGGCGCCCUUCAUAUCACGUUUCUCUCUCUCUAGCCUUGGGACUUGUGGUCAUUCCUUCGUUACAGUUUCUUCUGUACAGAGAUGGCUCGAGGAGUGGCAGUGAAAUCGAGCGGAGCUGGUGCGAAGAAGAAAGGAGCGGCGUUCGUGAUAGACUGCUCUAAACCAGUAGAUGAUAAGAUCAUGGAGAUCGCUACGCUUGAGAAGUUUCUUCAAGAACGAAUCAAGGUCGGAGGUAAACCCGGUGCUCUUGGUGACUCCGUUUCCAUUACACGAGACCAUGGAAAGAUCACCGUCACCGCCCAUUCCAAUUUCUCCAAACGAUACCUGAAGUAUCUUACCAAGAAGCAUCUGAAGAAGUACAAUAUCCGUGACUGGCUCCGCGUGAUUGCAUCGAACAAAGACAGGAACUUGUAUGAGCUUAGAUACUUCAACAUCGAAGACGAGGCAGCUGGUGAGGAUGAAGAUUAAGCACUCUUCUUCUUCAUUUCUUUUAAUUACUUACUAGAGUAGCCGAGAUUUUUUUUUCUAAUUUAACCAAGAAAUGAUGACGAUAUCACUUGAUAACCA